ACGCGAAAUAAAAAAGGGAGGAAAAUGUGUCCUGGACUGGAUGAGAUAAACAUACCAAGAUGAUUUACUUGGGUGCCGGGUGUAAAACAAUAGUGUUUAGCUGUUAUCGUGGUAGUACGCGUUGAAAUAAACUUACUUUGAACUCAGAUCGAGUUGUAUGAAACUUCAAGACCUACAAAUCCUUGUUUUCUGAACGGUGACUGUUUAUUUGCCAGGCCGGGAUUUUUAGUUUCAAGUGAGGAGGGAUCUUUAACACAGAGCAAACCUACCCGGCUACAUAUCGAAAAACCAUGGCGAUUGCACAUUUGGCUUCAGAAUACGUUUUUUCGGAUUUUUUGUUGAAAGAACCAUCGGAAUCUAAAUACAAAGGGGUGAGACUGGAACUUGCUGUGGAUAAGAUGGUCACUUGCAUUGCAGUUGGUCUUCCUUUGUUGCUGAUUUCACUGGCGUUUGCACAGGAGGUGUCAGUAGGUACCCAGAUCAGCUGUUUUUCCCCAACCAAUUUCUCCUGGCGUCAGGCUGCCUACGUGGACUCGUUCUGCUGGGCUGCUGUACAGCAGCAGCACUUAUCACACAGUGAUGCUGGUCUGUUGCCCCUCUGGCUACACAAGUUCUUUCCCUAUGUUCUCCUGCUGGUGGCUAUCCUGAUGUAUGUCCCGUCCCUCUUCUGGAGAUUCACGGCAACACCCCACCUCUUCUCUGACCUCAACUUCAUCAUGGAGGAGCUGGACCGCUCCUACAACCGCGCCAUCAAGCUGGCCAAGAACCUGGUGACCAGCGGAGUCGUGGACUCCAGCCUUCCAGGAGACGCAUGCAGCUCCUUGGAUCGAAACGAAGGGUGUUUGAAGUACCCAUUAGUGGAACAGUACCUCAAGACGAAGGCGGCUUCCAAGGGCCUAAUUAUAAAGUAUCUCAUCUGCCGAAUCUUGACUUUUGUUAAUGUUUUAUUUGCUUGCAUCUACCUGGGAUACUACAUCAACCUGGCCUCUAUCACGGAUGAGUUUAAAUGCAACAUUCGCACAGGAGUCUUGAAAAAUGACACUGUUAUUCCUAAAUUCCUUCAGUGCAAGCUUAUCGCAGUUGGCAUUUUCCAGCUGCUUAGCUAUAUUAACUUGAUAGUAUACAUCCUACUGGCACCUGCAAUUAUUUAUACUACUCUGGCUCCACUGUGGAAGAAGGCUGACUUCCUUAAGGUCUACCAGAUCUUACCCACAUUUGAAACCUUCAGUAUCACCUCUGGGUUUUACAAUGACCUCAGCCUGUAUCUGCUCUUUCUGGAUGAAAACCUCAGUGAGCUCAAGUCCUACAAGCGCCUGAAGGUUCUAGAACACUUGCAGAACAAUGGCGAGGAGCCCUUUGACCUCAUGUGUCUCCUAACUAACCUGGGGCAAGUCAAGACCGAUGCUGUAGAUGGGAAAAUACUGCAGAACCAAAGCAACAACAGAGUGGCAGGGGCAGAGCCUGAAAAUGAUCACGUACAACUACAAGAUUUAUCACUGGCAGACGGAAACAAUGAGGACACAUCUGUACGGCAGAGAAUGCUUGACUCCACCUUGGUUUGCUGAAGGUAGAAUUUGUGACCAGAAUGAAGGGAGCUCUCUUCCCAAAUCAGCUCACACUGGCUGGUCUAAAACUCUAGGACUGGGACUCUGAAAAUAAGAUUGUUUUGGUACAACUGACAACACGAUAUGCAACACACUUUUGCUUUUGGUCCUAAACGUUAAUGUUAAAAAAAGUCGUCCAUCAUUGUGACUGGAUCUUUGUUUUUGUUUUUCUUACCAUCUUCGGUUUGAAGCUGACCUUGUGCUUUUGAGGGUAUGUCUGGCGCAACAUGUUCUCUGGGAGAACAUUGCUCAAUCCGUCGAUAUCACAUACCUCAUACCAGGUUUACAAAAUUAAAUAUGGAAGAACGUCAUGAUGUGAUUUUCAUAUUUAUUUUAAAAGUUUUAUUUUCAGUCCGACUUAAUGCUUUGCCACUUUAAAAGCCAAAUGUUACUAAUAAUAAUCUGAAUUGUUCAGCUCAACAUUGGAUACAAAUAUACAAAUCACAGAAGAGCCCUAAGUGUUAAAACUUGAGUGCAUUUCUGCAUAUGAAAUCUCAAUGCUUGCUGCUGUGGGCAAGGUUGUGUAGUCUCUUUUUUUUUAAGCAAGUAUACCAGUUUUAUCAAGAGUCUGUUACUUUUUACAACUGAGUUAUAUUUAAGAGACUGAGAACAAGAAGGCUGUCCUGAAACAAAAUGUAAAGGCUCAUCUGUAGUUUCUUAUGAAGACUUUGUCUUGAAAAGCUCAUCUUUAUCUUGGCAGAAGGUACAUGUAAAUGUAACUGGAAUUCAUUCAUAACUGUGGUGUUAGGGACUGAAGACAUGCUAUAGUAUGUUACACCUGUCAAACUCCAGAUUGAAUGACCUUAUCUAAACAAGAUGAAAACGGAUGUGUUCUGUAUACUUGAAAUGCUACUGAAUGACUGCAGUUUUACAAAAUUAAUUUAGUAUGUAAACUCCAGUUGAUGUUACUGAAAUUUGUAGAUUGUUCUUAAAAAAAAUCUUUAUUUUUAUUCUUUAAAGUUGUAAAUUUAUUUUUGUACUAUAAAGUGCUGCUUUUUUUUAAUUUGUAGAUAUUUUUAUUUGUAGAUAUGUUUGCAAAGAAUGUACUAUUUGGUUUGGCUUCUUUCAGGUGAACAGAAAUUAGAUAAUGGUUAUUGACUUAUUGAAUAGCAAACAUGAUAAGACAUGAAUCCAUAUCAUUGGCCUUUUUUAAAACUGUACAGAUUUGUAGUCAUUACAAGACAACCAAAAACUCUUCUUAUUUCACAUUGGAUCUGUGUGCCAAAAUCAGUACAUAAACUAUGUACUUUUCCUGUGUGUGUAUAUGAUUCACUUUCUGUUAGUUACUAUUUUGACCUUUUCAGGAACAACUGAAAGCUCAGGUUAUUGUAAUGCUCCUAGUUCCGAAUUAAGAUUUGAAUGCUGCUGUCUCAUUGUGAGACAUCCUUUCUGUUACAUUUACUCUUAGUAACUCUUAGCAUCUCCCUUGUUGUUGUUUUUGUUUUUCCGGAUUUUAUCACAAAAGAAUGACCUCUUUCAAACAUCGGCGAUUGGCUAACUUUAGAAAUUGAGCUCUUCAGUCUUGGUUAAGCAUUCUGGUUCGUUUGGUUCUGCUGCAUGGUUUUAAUGUGUAAGUAAAAGGUCUAGAAUAUUGCAUGUGUAUGAUGUCUCUAUUAAAAUAGUAGGUGGAAAUUAAAAGGUACAAAGGUU